CCCGCCCGCAGGCAGCCCGGCCGGAGUGACACCGCGACGAGAUGGCGGCGCUCGGCUUCGUCCUCUCGGCGGCCUCGGCCGGCGGAACGGCGGCUGGGGGACGGGGGACGCUCCCCCGCUGAGGGACGCAGCUGUCCGCCUCGUCCCGCCUCCUGGUGUCACACACGCAAUGAGGAAGGUUUUGUGCGUGGAGCCCGUCAUUUUCAUCUACAUCUUCGCGUGUUCGCUGACCAGCCCGCUGGUGCAGCAGUUCAUCUACCGGCGGCUGUGGGAGGAAGAGUAUAACUCCACUUUCAUAAGCGGCAGCAAUGCCAGUCACUGUGAACAAAACAAAAGUAGCCCGACUUAUAUCAAGCAAAAGGAAGUUCAAGAAAAAACCUCUGUUUUUAAUACCCAGUUGGACGUAACGGGGGCAGUUCCCAGCCUUAUAGUUGCCUUUGUCGUUGUAGCUAAUGGGGACCACCAGGGACGCAAGUGGUCUUUGAUUUUACCAUCAGUGGGAGCUUUGAUUGCUGGGAGUAGCUUCACUGUAAUAUCCUAUUUUUCCUUGUCACUCUCCAUCCUCUUUGCAGUGGCAUUUGUUACCGGACUGUUUGGGAGUAUGGCAACUUUCCUUGGAGGAGGCUUUGCUUUCAUAGCAGACGUGUGUCACAAUGAGAAGCAGAAGACAACGCGAAUAGCUGUAGUGGAUUUGAUUUUUGGAGUUGUAUCUGGAUUGGCAGGACUGUCAUCUGGCUACUUCCUAAGAGAAAUAGGCUUUACGUGGUCAUUUGUGACAGCAUCUCUGCUUCAUGCCAUUAACAUUAUCUAUAUUGUCUUUUUUCUGGAAGAUACUGUAAGCUUAUCUGAAUUCCAGCACCGGGCACCGGCAUCUUUUAAAGAGCUUCUGAGAGAGACACUAUCUGGAGUGUAUAUGCUUUUUAAAACCGCCCCUUACAAAAAGACAAUUCUAAUAAUUGUGUUACUUUUUACAUUCAUGACUUACUUGUUUGCUAUGUUUGGUGGGAGUUCCCUUUUUACCCUGUAUGAACUGGAUGAGCCACUCUGCUGGAAUGAAGUAUACAUUGGCUAUGGAGCAGCUGCCUUCACUUCCAUCUCCUUGACCAGCUUUUUAGGAGUUUACUUGUUGUCUAAAUGUCUCAAAGACAUUUACAUUGUCUUUAUUGGAAUAUUUUCAUGCAUUGGAGGAAUGGUCAUGGCUGCCUUUGCCAAAACUACUCUGCUCAUGUUUUUAGUAAGGGUACCAUCUUUGCUCUGCAUCAUGCCUGUUCCUGUUCUCCGAUCAAUGCUGUCAAAAGUGGUUCUCACCAGUGAACAGGGUGCUGUGUUUGCUUGUAUUGCCUGUUUAGAAGUUGUGACCGGCACUCUUUCACUUUCAGUUUUUAAUAUGCUCUAUGCAGCUACUGUUGCGUGGUUUUCAGGCUUUAGCUUCCUCUUUUCAGCAGGCUUUUGUCUAAUUCCACUGGCUGCCCUGUGCUGGCUUCUGUGCACCAGCUGGAACGGGGAGGACUUGGCUCUGCUUGUACCUGAAGAAGUAUCCAGCAUAGAGAGCAUGGACAGUUGAACAAAGGAUUCUACGUGGGUUUUCUAAUGUGACAGGCAGUGGCAGAACCCAUUACAUCAUACAGAGCCCAUAGUGAUCAUACUGCAGCAGCAGAUGCAAUCUCACAGUGGCCCUGCAGCAAUAAGCACUAAAUUGGUAGCACUCUUUAUCCAGUCUCCUUUUAGCACUUAAAUAAAGCUGGCUCUUACACUUAACUAUGCAAGUAGACUAGCAAUGGAGAUUUUAAUGCCACUUUCAGCAUGAAUUAAGAAAUAAGGUAGUGUGAUACUGCCUGCUUACCCUUUCUCAAGUUUGAGAGGGUCAGCUGGGGAUUAUGGUACAUCUUGGAUCAUUCUGAGUGGGCCGAGAGAUAGGCUUAUCAACUCAGAGUGUGCUGGCAAUUCUGCUGAAGCCAGUGGAGCUCAUGCCACAGAGGAUGAAGUCCACUGUGGUGUAUCUUAAAAGGCCUGUCUUAAUGGUAAGCCCCCAAACCUGUCUAAAAUGACUAAAAGGUACUGUUUUUGAGAAGACAACCAAACUGGAGGCAGUACUUGCACCCACUAUAAGGAGAUCUUCUGCUCUGCAGAUAGAGGGUGUGUUCGUGCAAUUUUCACAUGUGGACCUUGCCUGUGACUUAGUUCCUAAAAUGGAUCUUCACACAGAACCACUGUACACAGAAAAUUUCCAGCUUGCAGAGUGGGAGGUUAGGCCCAUGCCUACAUUUUGUAGAAGCCAUAUUAACACAUCUAUUUUCAUACUGCAUCCAGAUACCUCUGUUUUUUGUCCCAUAGAGAUGUCUUGGUUUUUAUUUAAAUUGGUUGUUCCUAGCUUACACAUUUAUUCUAGUGAAAGGCUGUAAUAGCAUUUCUUCUCAGUGGACCUUUGGUUAUUUUUUCGACAACCCUGAAAUGGAGUGGCCAAAUCCGAAUCAUUCAUCUGAUCGUCUUGAGCACUGUCUCAUCUUCAAAGCACUUUAUGAAUGCUAUCAAGAACCUCCUUCCAUAACAGAUACCAUCCUCCUUGUUGCAGAGAGAGAGAGAAAGAGGACAUGUGACUAUCCCAGGGCCACAGUGCAAACUGGUCAGACUGCCAAAUCUAGGAAUCAGUUUCUGCAUUGACUCUUCAGCUUUUUGCUUGAGAUCUUCAAAGCAGAAACGGUUCUGAGCAUUAGUUUCACAGUGGAAGUGUAAGUAUAAAACCCAUUCAAGAGACACAUAGAUGAGGUGCUGAGGUACAUGGUUUAGUUUACUGGUGGUCCUGGCAGCAUGAGAUUAGUGGUUGGACUUGAUGAUCUUAAAGGUCUUUUCCAACAGUAACGAUUCUGUGACCACUCCAAUGCUGUUUUUUUCAGGGAGGGUUUGACAGCCAAUACUACUCUGACCCCUGAAAGUACAGGUUGCUGGUAUAUGACUCUUCCUCCAAAACAGAUCAGGUAGAGAAACCAAAAUAAUGUAAAGUGGUUGACAGAAAACAAAACCUCUAGGAAAACAACCGUGAUGUGAGAACUGACUUCACAAACACAGAGCACAGGAUAAAAAUGAAGACAGACAUCAUGAAGACAGUAGAAUCCAUGAUCUGCUUAUAGACAUUUCUGUCCAUCCAAGGAACAGAGUAGUUCUCAGCAGCACUCCACCAAAAGGUAUUAGUACCACACCACAAUUGUAGGUCCUUUAUGUUCGAAUGACGGCAUUGUUUCUAGGCUACAUAGUGUGAUCAUGGAGAAGUUUGAAAGAGAGGUCAAAUAAGGUACAGGAGAGAGUUUACACUCCAGGAGAGUGGUGCCUACCCAGCACUAGUGAAAACAUGGCCAUUAUCCAGGAUGGGGAGAAUAAAUAUAAUACAGCUCACAGCUAUAGCCAGCUCUCACGCUUCCGUCCUGAACUACCAAGACCAAUUGUUGCCAAUUAAGGAUCAUUAGCUUUUCCUAGCUAGUUUAGACACUAGUCAGUAAAUAAAACUGCUUAACUCUCCUCCCUCAAGGUGCCCAAAUUGCUGCCAACUUGUUGGAGAAUCGAGCUGAGUUACAGUAAUCAUUGGGUCCAAAGCAUAAUGAGUACUUGUAGAGAGAUUGAGAAAACACUGAUGCAGAGGAUUUCUGCACAAAGAUUACAUUGUCUUCCUUGGCUCUUCAUUAUGCGGUUAUGUUAGGCUUUAUGAAUUUAACUAUUUCACACAAAACUGCCUGGAAAAAGUCAAGUGAACGAAGCAGGGUGUGUUCCUUCACUGCCUCCUCCUCAACACCCACCUCUCCCGGCACUUUGGAGGUAUCAACAAAGCAAACCAGUUCCACAGUGGCAUUGUUGGUCCAAAUGAGAACAAGCACAAACAUUUCAGAAGUGCUGUGUCAUGGCUGGAUUUUGCUGUACAAAGUACUUGGUAUUUGCAAAGUAUUUCUGGUAGAUGCAGUGUUUAGAACUGGCCACGAAUUUAGGUGGAAGUACAUGAAGAUAUGAACUGUAUUUCUAAAGUACCCAGCACAGUGCAGGCUGAGGAAACCAGGUACUAAUGAAGAUUAUUAAAAUCUUUCAAGUGUAUAAUAAUUGCCCUACUUGUAUAUAAAUGCAGAUUAUUUUGACAGAAAUUAAUAAAAAGUUUGGUUUUCUAAA